GUCACGUGUGUACACAGUGUAGGGCUCAGCAGCACUCUGCAGUAGUAAAGUCUGCAACGGACGGCCCCCUUUCAGAACAAGCCUCGUCUGAAAAGUUGAUACACACACUCAGUCUCCACCGUAACGCAGUAAAACGGUUCUUUCUAGGCUUUAAGAGUGCGUGGGAAGCCGAAGUGAGUAUUUCUGGAAGUGCGUUUUAGAAAUGAAACGACUGAGGAAUGCCAGUGGAAAUGCUACAUCCAAACCCAAUGCCGCCGUAGGUUUGCCACCGAGCGAAAUAUAUACGUUUCUGUUGAUCUGUUGAGCGCGGCGCCCUGAGUCAGAGCGAUGUGGCUCUGUAUGGUUUACAAUGAGACGGACACCAGCGUGGACUUCCGGCUCUGCCAGGACUUCGGCCUCAUCCUGUCUGUGUUCUCCCUCAUCUACCUCCUGGUGUGCUUCCCGUUGGGGCUGUGCUACAACAUGCUGCUGAUCGUGGUCAACCUCUCCAACAAGGUCUCCAUGACCAUGCCGGAUGUUUAUUUCGUCAACAUGGCCAUCGCGGGCCUGGUGCUCAACCUGGUGGCGCCCGUGGAGCUGCUGAACUCCACCUUCACCCGCUGGCACGUGUGGGAGUACAACAACGAGGUGUACAUCACCCUCCUCAUCCUCUUCAACAUCUCCUCCCUGGUGAUCAUGUACUCCACCACUCUGCUCAGUCUGGACUACUACAUAGAGCGGGCGCUGCCUCGCACGUACAUGUCCAGCGUGUACAACACCAAGCACGUGUGUGGCUUCAUCUGGGGUGGCGCCGUGCUCACCAGCUUCUCCUCGCUGCUGUUCUACGUGUGCAACCACAUCUCCACCAAGAUGGUCGAGUGCUCCAAAAUGCAGAACAAGGAGGCGGCGGACGCCAUCAUGAUGUUCAUCGGCUACGUGGUUCCCGCCGUGGCUGUCCUCUACGCCUUCGUGCUAAUCCUGCGCAUCAGGAAGGAGUCCACGCCUCUGGACCAGGACUCGGCCCGCUUGGACCCUUCCAUCCACAGACUGCUGCUGGCCUCGGUGUGUGUGCAGUUCGUGCUGUGGACGCCGUACUACAUGACGCUGCUGGUGCACACUGUGGCCGGAGCGCCGGGGAACCUUAGCAACACACAUUACUUACCCACGUAUAACUUCUUGAGGUGCGUGUCCAAACUGCUGGCGUUCUCCAGCAGCUUCGCCAUGCCUCUCAUGUACCGACAGAUGAACAAAAACUUUUCGAACAAGCUUCAGCGGCUGCUCCGGAGGCUGCACUGCAGACACCAGUCCUGCCCGCCUGAACGCUCCACAGUGCAGCGAGUGGUGACGUGAGACCCCCUCCUGGGAGACUGUUACCCACGCCUUCUAACUCCCACUUAUUCAAGCUCUUGGCAUAGCCGGCACUUAUUCCCCCCCCCCUCCCCCACCCCUCAAAGGAGCCAGUAUCUGAUGGAGCUCCCUCGCUGACUGUAGAAUUUCCUGUCACCUUCCAAAACCUGAUCCGCUCAGCUCUGCAGGGAGAGGACGGACAAAGCAAGAACCACUAAGUGCUGUUAUUUUCUGUCACUGAGUGAAACUCUCCGCUAAGACACUCGAGCUUCUAGUUUGAGGGCGGUAAAUAGGCAAACCACAGGUGUUUUCUCCAAUUUUCACACAUGCAGGCAAACACUCGGUCAUCGGCUGUUAUUAACAUUCUGAGAACAAGUUUGACCUAUUCCUGAUUUCACUGCGUUCACUGAGUCACAUUAUGCUAGCAGGAUAUGACAUGCCCUUUAACAUUUAAUCAGCCUUGCUUUCAGAGUAGCAAUUCAGUUUUUACCAGUGGAAGUGACAUUUCCACAUGUCAAAUGUCAUGUUGACUAGUUUUAAUAUGUACUACAGAUAUCUGUAAAGCAGUUUUGACAUGUUACAAAUUACAAUGAUCAAGAUAUCUUCAAAUAACAUUUAAAAUGAGUUUUGUUGUUAAUAUCAAUUUAACAGUUUGCAAAGUGAGAAUUGAGUUCUAGAUAAUGCUUAGGCUCAUCAAAAGUGCAUUCUGGAUAUGUCGACUUGGAAUUAUAACACGUGAAAAUUGAUCAAAAUGAAUUAAUGAUUAAUAAUUUUAAAAGGAAUUAAAUUAAAUAUAUGUAUUUGAGUUUGAGUGGAAGUCAAUGGUAAAAAAGUUAGAGUUUUCUAAACCAAAAUUCCCACUCGUAUGAAAUUAAUUGUUGAUAUCAAGGUAUACAAUUUUGACUAUUGAGAUUGAAAAAAAUGUAGAUUAAAAUAACUUAAAAAAACAUCAAGGAUAUGUUAGCUUGAAAUGCUAACUGUUGACACAAACGAUUGCUAAUACCUGAUUAAAUGUUAAAGAGGCUUGCAAUAAUUAUAUACAAUUGAAGUCCCAACAGGAAUAAUGAAUCAAUAAUUCACCAUGCUUCUCCUGACUCACAAGCAGAACCUCUAAGUUAUAAAAUGUUAAUUUGAUUGUGAUUGGGUGUCAACAUGGCAAACCCCAUGUUUUGUGCUGCCAGUGAACCUCUGUGUUGUCGCCCUCAAACUAAAAGCCUUGUCCACUUGAACAAGAUGACAGUUCUGAAUUUCCAGGGCUUGAUUUAUCUUAAUCUAGAACGUGUGAUCCUCGUAAUCAGAGCAAAUAAUCUUCACAUUUUUAAAGGUAGUGUACAACAUUGAUGGUCUCUUCAUUUCAAAAGCUAUUCUCGACACCAGGAGCUACAUGCAACUUCUUGUAAUUUAUUUCAUUUUUAUAAAUUAACUUUACAGGUAAACGUUUGUGUUUUGCAUAAAGAAUUAUCAAAAGAUGAAUUAAUAUACAUCCCAAUCACAGAAUUACAUUACAUUACACAACGCUCAUAUUCAGGGUUCAGUCAUAACCGGUAUACCUCGUGUGGUCUCUGCUGAAAUCACAUCACCUGUCAAGCAUAAGCAGCUCAAAUCAACUCAUUACAAAUAUCAGUGUGUGCACAGAGCCUCAGUCCAGGCAGUGUGUGAUUGGUUAAAAAGUUAUGCAUGGAAGCCCCAAAUCGUGUAGUCCCCACAGGGUCACAGAGACGGCCCUGAGGAGGAGGCAUGUACAUUCCCCGCAUUGUGAGAGUGUGUGGAAGGUUUUGUCCAGUGGAAAUAUGAGGCCUGACUAGUUCACAUUUCAAAACCUCCACAUAUUUGAAAUGACCCGCCUGUCAAGCACCUGCAAACAGUGUGUGUGACGCAGAUUUUGAACUGCAACGCUGCUCCAGUGAGGUAAUCUGCACUUGUUUCCCCUUAAAGCCGCUUCUUGCUUUCAUGCCUGCCAAUAAGCUAAACGUUGACAGACCGGACACCAGUUUUAAAUUAAAAAGAAUAUUUGAAAACUUAUUUUUGAGGUCUGUUGAAUCACUGCGUUACUGGCCAGUUUAUGAAUUCUCCUGUGAACAGCGAUGUGGGACUAUCACUUGAAGACAUCUUUUUCACUAAAAUGCAAAAAUAAAUAACAAUCAUUUAUAUUUGUAGACAGUUUAAAUGUUCUCCAUCAAACGUGUUUUUGGCAUCACACAUUUUUUAACACCUAGUGAUAUGUUUCUCCACAUUGGGGUAUGAAAUGGUGUCAAACAUUUUCAUUUUUUGCAGUAGAGCCCCACUUUUGUUACGAGUUCCUGCAAUCAAUCAGCGAGAAGAACUGUUUCAGCUGAGGUGUGUGUUUACGUUAUAUGCUGCAACAUGUGGCGCCCCAUAAAGAAAAAAGUUGUGCGGAUCGUGACACGGUUACUCAUUAUUUGAAAGUCAGAUCAAAGUCCUAUUGCAUUUGGGAUUGUAAGGCAAACAGUAGCACACGGUCAGAUGAUAAGCGGGAUGAAUCAAAGCUUAUGAAUGUCUCAUGGAGGGAUUGAAGCAGAAUUUGUUAAAUUGGUGUUCAUUUUCAGCCCAGAUUUGGUGCAUUUCUGUUAGAGAUGCAAUAAUUAAAACCCCAACUAUUAUUUGAACAAAAGAUCCUAAAAAGAUUUUAUGGUCAGUGUGACAUUUGAUGUUCCAACUGGUAUUUUGUUGCAAUUAAUCUGGUUUUAACCUACUUUAUUUUCAAUUAGACAUCCAACUAAGAUAAGAUAAGAAUGACUUCCCAAAGUGGGACAUUUCUGUGUAGCAGCAGCACCAAACAAUACAAGGCAUAGAAAAUAAUUAGAAAAUAAAAAGAAGAAAUAAACAAUGCUAAAGUGUCAACAUCUCAAAGAAGAAAAAACAACAACUAGGAAAAAACACAUUUAUUUUAUCAUAAAAUGUGCAUCAAACUACAUGAAGCUAAAUAAAUAAAGUAUUCUGAUUCCGAUUGAUUAUGACCAUCUAGCAUUACCAUGUUGCCUUUACACACCACCACGAGUUGAUAUGUGCAUGUGCCAUCUAAAUCUGAAGUUCUCUUUUAUAAGUAUCUUGCUAAGUAAGAGACGGGACAUUAAACAAACGUUCUUAGCAGACGUAAUAAUCAGCAAUCACCAAAAAUGGACUGACUGCACGAUGCACACAACUGGAAAAUAAAUAUCGAGCCCAAAAUCACACCCAACUCAGAUUACUGCUCGAGUCUGAGUCUGGUUUAUUAUUCCAGAGGGGCCAUAAUCUCACAUCAGGAGGAAGACAUUUGAAUAAUAAUCACUGCGCUCAGUUAAAUUGCUCAAGAGACCAGAAGUGUAAAAACACCCUCAAAGAUCUCGUGUGUCGAAUGUAUGCAGAUGCAUUUCAGCUAUUUGAACGGCAAAACCUCAAGAAUCCAGAUGAAUCCACUUUUUCAGAUGUAAUGCUUUUUGUGACUGUAUGCAAGUGUAUAAUGUAUAAUACAAAAUAAUGUGUAUAUAUUGUAUGUGAGAGAUUUACAGGAAGAUACCAUGCUCUUUCCAAAACACAGUUUUAUUUUCUGAGAGAUAUAUUUAGAUUCUUUAAGUAAUCUACUCUAUUGUCAACUGAGUCAAAGACUGAUUAAACAAUAAACUAACA